AUGAGCAAGAAUGCCGCAGCGUUCCCCACUCGACCAGUAGCCCAGCUGCUUGGGUCCAAUGGCCCCGUCCACGCAGUAGCCUAUUCCGCCUCCCCCGGGACGUACAUUCUGACCGGCUCCGCGGACCGGUCCAUCCGGCUGUACAACCCCUCUUCAACAACAACAACAACCGACACCACCAGCACAUCAUCCUUCAUCACCACCACCACCACCAGCCACAGACAGCCCCAAGCAGCAGCAGCAGCAGCAGCAGCAGCAGCACCGCCACCCGCGGGACGCCUGAUCCAGACGUACAGCUCGCACGCGUACGAGGUUCUCUCGCUGGCCGUGGCGCGGAGCAACGCAACAUUUGCGUCGGCGGGCGGCGACCGGGCCGUGCUCUUGUGGGACGUGUCGACGGGCAAGACGAUCCGGCGGUUCGGCGACUUUUCGUCCGCUUCUUCCUCCUCUAGCAGCGGCGGCGGCGGUGGCGGCCACACGGGGCGCGUCAACGCCGUGUGCUUUGCCGGCAGCGAGGACGACGGCGGCAACGAAUCGCUGCUCGUCUCGGCCGGCCUGGACUGCACCGUGCGCGUGUGGGACGUCAAGGCGGCCGUUUCUGCCGGUCCCGGCGGUGGUGGUGGUGGAAGCGCGAACCGUCCCGUGCAGGUCCUCAAAGGCGCCAAGGACGCCGUCACCUCCCUUGCCGUUGUGGGUCCAGAGAUACUCGCCGGCUCCGUGGACGGCCGCGUACGGUGCUACGACGUCCGCAUGGGUAGGUGCGUCACCGAUGUCUUCCCCGGCAGCGUGACCAGCCUGUGCCUGGCCAGGGACGGGCGGACGAUGCUUGUCGGGACGCUGGACAGUAAAAUACGGCUGAUGGACCGGCGGGACGGGACCUGCCUGAGGACGUACGGGGAUGCCGGGUGGAGGAAUGAGGAGUUUAGGGUACAGAGUGUGCUUGGCGGCGGGGAGAGGUAUGUCGUUACCGGCGAUGAGAUGACCGGUGCUGGGCCGGGCACUGGAACAGCGGAAGGAGGAGGAAACCAAGGGAGGGUGUGGGCGUGGGACUUGCUCACGGGUAAACUGGUCGCUACGGUGCCCGUCCCCUGGUGGGAUAAUGGGGGCAGUGAGGCCCGGAGAAAAGUGAUUGGCAGGGACGGCAAGCAGAAGGAGCGCAAAAAUGUGGUAAGCUGCAUCGCGUGGAAGGAAGGAGGGUUUGGGGAUCAGUUCUGUGUCGGCGGCACCUCCGGCGUGGUCACGGUGUUUGGCCACGGGGGAAAGGGGUAA